CCACCUCCUUCACAAAUAUACCAAUUUGACUUCUUCUACACUUCAAAUCACAACUUCUCCACAACCUUCUUGUUAUUGAUUUCUAGAUUCCGAGUGUAGGAAGAAAGGACUUCCUUUUUCUCUUUACUGGUUGAAGCUCAGCUCUAUAAAAAAAUAUGGGCACCACAUUGUUUUCCGGCUGUCGUAGCUUUUCAUGGCAGCAACUAUCUCUUUCUUGCAGUUUCGCUCACUCUUCUUCAUCAGAAAAUGGGAUUUCAAGGCCAAAAGCUGUUCCCACUUCAAGAGGAAAUGGGUUGGUUGAUAAGGAAAAGGACAAUUCAUUGGGGAUUUCGAGUAGACGAUCCCUUUUGAUCACUGGGAUAUCAGUAGCGUCAUCGUCUGUAUUAGGAUUUCCAGGUGAGGGAAUGGCAGUCGUCAAACAAGGUCUUCUAGCAGGAAGGAUACCUGGCUUGUCUGAGCCCGAUGAACAAGGUUGGAGGACUUAUCGAAGGCCAGAUGACAAGUCAGGAGGGCAUGGUGUUGGAUGGAGUCCUAUCAUCCCUUAUUCCUUUUCAGUGCCUCAAGAUUUUGAAGAGGUUCCUGUAUCUAUAGCAGAUUUAGGCGGUACAGAGAUUGACUUGAGGUUUGCUAGCUCGAAAGAAGGACGAUUGUUUGUCAUUGUUGCACCUGUUCUUAGAUUUGCUGACAAUCUUGGUGACGAUGCGACGAUUCAAAAGAUCGGACCUCCGGAGAAGGUGAUCAGUGCAUUUGGACCAGAAGUGAUUGGUGAAAACAUAGAAGGCAAGGUUCUAAGCAUGAACACAGUGGAGCACGGUGGCAGAAUGUAUUACCAAUAUGAAUUGGAGCCACCCCAUGUAUUGAUUACCGCAACUGCAGCCGGUAAUCGCCUUUACCUAUUCAGUGUAACCGGAAGUGGUCUUCAAUGGAAGAGGCAUUACCAGGAUUUAAAGAGGAUAUCCGAGUCUUUUCGUGUAGUCUAGUUUGGGAUCUCCCUGGAUUAUGACAUGAGUAGAUUAGUAGUGAUGGAUAUUUUUACUCUGUAAUUUAAAGUUGCAACAAAAACAAAGAGUGUAUUUGCAGCACAGUUAUAAAAUGUGCAACUUUCUUCAUAGUAAGAUUUUUGCAGAAAAGCUAUACAGCUUGCUAGAAGCCACUUAUCUGAACUUGGGAUAAGUGUCAGAUCUGUGUAUAUAUCCAUUGCGGAUGUACUCUAUAUAUUUAAAAGAUCAUAAUCUCAUUUUCAUA